CCUCUCUCUCUAAUCUGGUGUUUGCAUUUCUCUCUCUCUCCAUUUUGGGAUUUGCAGCUCUUUCUCUCUCAUCACACUACUUUCACUGGGAAUUUGCAGUUCUUCCUCUAACUCUCUCUCCCAUCAAACCAGUUGCAGUGGGAAUUUGCAGUUCUCCUUCUAACUCUCUUUCUCUCAUCAAACAUUCAAUGAGGAUUUGAAGCGCUUUCUCUCUCUCUGCCAGUGUGCCAUUACCCUUUUUUUUUUUCUCUGGGUGUACAUUUUCACGCCCCAGAAAGAUGAAGAUACAAUGGGGGCGCUUGCUAGUGCUCCUUGUCGCUCUGCAACUCGCCAUGGCUGCUCUUGCUCAGAGCCCUCCGAGCUCCAGGAAUUCGACGCGUAUUUGGCGAACACUUACUGGCAAUGCUCCAGUAGUGAUUGCAAGGGGUGGAUUUUCUGGUCUCUUCCCUGAUUCGAGUACUUUCGCCUUCGAUUUCCCAAAUAGUUUGAACUUGCCCCGUCCUAUCUCUUGGUGUGAUGUGCAAUUAACAAAGGAUGGCAAGGGUGUUUGUCUGCCAAGCCUUUUACUGGACAAUUGCACAAACAUUCAGGAAAUUUAUCAAACAGGGAAGAAGACAUACACUGUCAAUGGUGAAAUUCUCACUGGGUGGUUUUCUAUAGAUUUUACCAUUGAGCAAUUGGUUAACAAUGUGACAUUAAUCCAAGGGAUUUUUACUCGAACAAAUGCAUUUGAUGCUACUGGGUCAAUUCUUCCGGUUGAAUAUGUAGGCACCCAGACUCAGGCACCUGGGUUUUGGUUGAAUAUACAGCAUGAUAUAUUCUUCAGACAACACAAUUUGAGCAUGCGAUCAUAUGUGAUCUCUGUUUCGAGGCAGAUGGUUGUUGACUAUAUCUCAUCACCAGAUGUGGCUUUUCUUAGCAGUAUUGGGGCCAGAUUUAAAGGAAGCAAGACAAAAUUGGUAUUUCGCUUUCUUGAAGUAGAUGCCGUGGAGCCUCUAACUAACCAAUCAUAUGGUUCACUUCUAAAGAAUCUGACGUUUGUGAAGACAUUUGCUUCUGGAAUUCUAGUACCCAAGGAUUACAUAUGGCCCACAAAUUCUGAUAACUAUCUUGAGCCUCACUCUGCUGUUGUUAGGGAUGCUCAUAAGGAAGGGUUGGAAGCUUACGCAUAUGGUUUUUCAAAUGAUGUUCCUUUGAGCCACAACUAUAGCUAUGAUCCACUGGCUGAGUGUUUAAAUUAUAUUGAUAAUGGUGAAUUCUCUGUUGAUGGUGUCUUGACAGACUUCCCAGUGACUGCAUCGGAGGCAGUAGGUUGUUUUUCCCAUGUGAACCCCAAUACAUCUGACAAAGGGAAGCCAUUAGUCAUCUCACAUAAUGGAGCAAGUGGAAUAUAUGCUGACAGUACAGAUCUUGCUUAUCGCCAAGCUGUAUCAGAUGGUGCAGAUGUCAUUGAUUGCAAUGUCCAAAUGACAAAAGAUGGGACUCCCAUCUGCCUUGGUUCUAUAGAUCUUCAGGCAGACACAACAGCUUCAUCAAGUUUUAUCAAUAGAUCUACCACAAUUACUGACAUCCAGAUGACUGCUGGUAUCUUUUCUUUUGAUCUAAGUUGGGCAGAGAUCCAAAGCUUACAGCCGGUAAUACAAAGCCCAGCAUCUAGAGGAAACGGUUUGAUACGAAAUCCGGCAUAUGUAAAUCAGGGGAAAUUCAUGACACUUUCUGACUUUCUGACAUUUGGAAAGGAGAACUCUAUUUCAGGAAUAUUGAUACGUAUAGAGUAUGCAGCCUACCUAGCAGAGAAAAGAGGCCUUGGAGUCAUUGACACUGUUAUCACUGCUUUACAUGAUGCUGGUUAUGAUAACCAGAUGAGACAGCAAGUAAUGAUCCAAUCCACUGAUAGCUCGGUUCUAACUGCUUUCAAGCAAAAAACAAAGUAUAAGAUUGUAUAUGAGGUUGAGAAUGCAAUCAGUGGGGUCCAAAAUAUGGCAAUUGAUGACCUUAAGGGGUUUGCAGAUGCAGUGGCAGUCAGAAGGAGUUCCUUAUUCUCUUUUCAUGGCUCUUUUAUUGAGGCUUCCACUAACGUUGUGAAAACAUUGCACUUGAAUAAUCUUGAUGUAUAUGUAUUUGUGUUGCGAAAUGAAUUCACAUUUUUGGCUUUUGACUUCUUCGCCGACCCAACGGUGGAAAUACAUAAUUAUGUCCAAGGAGUUAACGUGGAUGGGCUCAUCACUGAAUUUCCCAGAACUGCGAGAUCAUACAUGAGGAACACUUGCUACAAUGCAUCGAAGUCCAAAUACAACGUUCCUCUCAUUGUACCCCGUGGCCUAUUACAAGUGGCUGACCCCAGUGCCUUGCCACCAGCUGAUGCUCCCGCCCCACUUCUCAAAGUGCCCGACGUGGUUGAGCCCCCUCUGCCCCCAGUUGCAGCCAAGGUCCCUUCAUCAAGCCCAGGAACGGGUUCAGCACCAGGCUCGUCACCAGCUAAUAAUGGACAAAUGAGGGCUUGUGGUACCCUCCUCUCUCUAGCCUUCCUAUUAUUGCUUUGGUCCACCAGUCUGGUUUUUCUCGGCUAGUGGUUGGGGGUUUGAACAGUGUAUGUUUCUUUUAUGUUUUUUGCAUGCCUUCACAUGCGGGGCGUUUAUUUUUUUUUCAUUUUGGGGUCCAAUCCUCCCUCCCCCGGUCCCCUUCUCUCUCUUUCUAUUUUUCUAUUGUAAGCAUCUGAUGUAGCAUUUUUUGGCGACAUGGGUUUCCCUUCUAAAUUUUUUCUGUUUAUAUUUGGUGGAUGAUGACAUGAAACUAUUCAAUGACUCUUCAUAUAUUUGUUGAGGGAUGGAAGUCAAUGACUCUUCAUAUA